AUGGAGCAGCACUUGUCUGUCCGGAACGCCACCCGCGCGGCCACGGCGUGGGCGGCCAGCCCGGUGGGGCUCCUGGCCCGCGUGGAGGUGCUGGUGACGGUCAGCUGCGCCCUGCUCGCCACGCUUGUCUUCCUCGGCUCCGGCCGCCGCACCAGCCGCAGCGCCGCGUACCGCUUCGUGGUCUGGCUGGCGCUAAUGAUGAGCUACCCGGCGGUCUCCUAUACCAUCGGGCUGAUGCAGUCCGGCUCCUUCCACAACGACCUGGUGGUCGUGUGGGCCUGCUUCCUGCUCGGCUGCUCCGACGGCAUCGCCACAUGCAGCGUCGACGGCUCCGACAACCAGGCGCGCACCAUGCUCAACCAGGCCACGCAGGUCCUCUACGUGCUCCUCCUCCUGCUAUCCUACAUCGCUGGCCGCGACCGCGUCCUUACCGCCGACAACUGGCUCAUCUCCAAGUACAUGGCUCACGAGUACGUUAGCAGCGUCAACGACUUCGAUCCUGAGACCAUGAGAGGCUACAAGUACGUGGUGACUGGCCAGAAGAAUGCGCAGGAUGGCUGCGGGGAGUACAAGCUGGAUGUCACGGACAAUGACCUCGUCACGGUGGACAGGGUGUGGCAGUGCGAGGGGAGUCUGCUACUCAGCAAGGCAGGCAAUAAGUUUAAAGAUCUGUGCCUCUCCUUUGCCCUGUUCAAGCUGCUCCGGCGGCGCCUGAACGAGAGCCCGCUCCACGAGCCCGACGACAUCCGGACGCUUGUCUUUGUCCGGAGGGGGCUUGCCAGUGGCGGGGAAGAUCAUGAAAGGAUGUUCCGGGUGAUCGAGGUGGAGCUGAGUUUCCUCUAUGACUUCCACUAUGCAAGGUACCCCUCGCCAAAGCAGACUCUGAUCCCGGAGACAGUCACGUUCGCGUGCGCCAUGGUUCUGAGCUUAUGCACUCUCUUGUCCUCGCCGUUGCUGCACUACCGGUACCGCAGCAGCAGCAGCAGCAGCCCUGCUGGUGCUGGGGGCAACAUCAACUUCUUCAUCACAACAGGCCUCGACAUCUGGCUGGCUCGGUUGGUGAUAGUCUUGUUCGUGAUCCUGGAGCUGUUCCAGUACCUGUCGCUGGUGCUGUCGGACUGGCACAAGGUGAAGUUGCUGUGCAGGUACGUGCGCAAGCCGUCGUGGCAUGGGCGCCGCGUCCUGGAGAUGCUCCUAUGGCUCAUGUGCCGGGCUACGCUGACGACGCAGUACUGGAGCAACUCGGUGGGGCAGUACUCCCUUGUCCACGCCUGCCUUGAGAACGAGACGUCCUGCCUUGUGCGCAUGCCGCUCCACAAAUGGGUCAAGGGCCGCCUGAUCCAAGCGAGGAGGGUCACGCGGCGGAGCCUGCCGGUGGCGGUGAAGCGGGCAAUCCACCAGCUUCUCCGGUCGGACUGGCUCUCGUACAUCAUGUACGGCUACGUGGGCAGCAUCCUGAUUUGGCACAUCGCCACCACCAUCUGCGACAACGCCGAGCAGCCGGACAAACAGCCUGGCGGUGGCGGCAGCAGUAUCACCCGGAGCCGUCGUGAGGUGGCCGCCACGCUCUCCAACUACUGCGCCUACCUGCUGUUUCAAGCCCCCGAGCUGGUGACGGACGCCAUCUACGACGAACGGCUACUGAUGGAAGCCCUGCAGCGAAGAAUAGAGUAA